AUGAUCUUGUCGCGGACUGCCGCUGUCAUAGUAAGAGGUGUGCCCGGUGUUGUUGUUGUUCCGGGUGUCGCUGUUGUUCCAGAUGCCAUUUUUGUUCCAGGCGUCGUUGCUGUUCCAGACGUUUUCUUUCCCGAACUCGUACCUGUUCCGGACGUCAUUUUCACUCCAGAAUUCAUUGCUGUUCCGGACGUCAUUUUCGUUCCCGAACUCGUACCUGUUCCGGACGUCACUUUCGUUCCAGGAGUCGAUGCUGUUCCAGACGUCGCUUUUGUUGAGAGCGUUGACUUUACUGGAGUUUUAGGGGAAGCUGAAGAACUUCCUGCUGUGGAUGCCGCUGUGGUCGCGGCUAUGGAUGCUGAAAAUACUCAGAUGCUUCAAUACUAA